AUGGAAAACUUGAGAAAACAUGAUUUGAAUGUCAAAGUCGUCCUUGAAGAUAUUUUCUCUGACUUCAAAAACAUUCAUCAGAAAUGCCGUUUGUGUUUCAAGGAAGUAUACCAUCAAGAGCCAAAAAUAUAUCUUACAAAUGACAUGAUAAACAAGAUUCAUGCUGUCUUUCAAGUUAACAUGUCAAUAGAUGGAAAAGGAUCAGAAUUCGUGUGCUCAAGAUGUGAAAGCAAUUCAAAUAACUGUUUUGAAAGGUUCAGAAGUAUGAAAAAUGACAACAAUGAUGAGGAACUUGCGAGCAUACACGAAAAUUCGAUCAAAAUUGAAAUUGAAGAAGCAACUUGUGAAGUGGAAGAUGGAAAUCAAAUUCUCAAGUCCCGAGAUAUUAUUCAGAGAGGUCAACAAUUUUUUCCUUGUGAUGUUUGUGGAAAGCAAUUUAAGAAUGUAAUUGGAGUCCAGCGGCAUUGCAGGAGAGUACAUUCAAACAGUCGAAAUGGAGUUGCUAAAGAUUUGAACAAGCAAAGAGAACAUAAAUCAAAGGAUUUUCAAUGUCAAAUUUGUAAAUCUUCUUACGUCCUUAAAUCCUCAUUACAACGCCAUAUAAUGAAAAUUCAUGAAGAUAAAAAAUUCUCCUGUACAUCAUGUAAGCAAGUUUACAAGUCAGAAAAAGGGCUAAAAGCUCAUAUAAUAUCAAUACGACGACCUAUUGAUAUUACUGAAAAAACAAUUUAA